CAGUAUGGGAUAUUAGGAGAACGCGAAAAUCGUGUAAUUAAAGACUGCUUAAGAAAUCUGCACAGAAUCUCCGAUUUUAUGGCAGGCCGUUUUAACAGACUGCCUAAUAAACUUUUUGCCUUGACAUGUUACUACUCUCCAAUCCUGUCGGUGCGCUAAGCAGCUCUCUCAAAUGCCAAAAAGAAGAACACGAAGAGGAGAAGUGCGCCAAGAAGAAGCCAAGCUAAACAGAAGGUUUAGUAAAGCAUGUCAUCACCACAAGAUCAAACUCAAGGUGGCACUAGCUUUGAAAGACGGGCUUCCAGCAAACCCAAGAAUCGCAAUCGUUUGUUUCACAAGCCGACAGCCAUACCAAGGGACAGAGUUCGAAAGGACAGAUUUCGAGUGGACAUUGGAUUGGCAUUUGAAAGGUGGCGUGCGGUGAAAACCACACAUGGAAUGAAAUCUGAUGCAGAGGUGGCCCUCAGGCUUCUUGAUGUAAUGAAGAAGCGGCCCCUGACACCGACUUCUGCUGGAGCCGGUAAUCUGAAGAUAAAAUUCUCCCAGUCAGAAGUGCAAAGGCUGAUCGAGCAGGAGGUUCACAGUGCAGUGAAUGAAACCAAACUGCAGACUUUAAUAGAAAGCAUUCAACAGCUGGAAAAUGGUGUCGACUUUGAAAGGUCCAUUGAAAACCUUCAGGUUCAAAUUAAUACAUUGUCCGAGAAAGCACAAGUAGCUCUUGCCUACGUGGCAAAGAUGCAGAAACAGAAUGCGGUGCCCUCUCCCGUCGGAGUGAAUCAGGAAGAAGGAAACACGGAAACUGUUUCACAGAAUUCAGCCAAGAGCGGAGAGCUCUUUCAGAUAAUGGAAACAACAAGAAAGGCACUGAAGAAGAUGCGUGCUGAUAGUCAAGCUUUGACGGCUGCCAUGGCAGAUUUAAAUGAGGAGCUUUAUCCAACUUCUGACAGCCCUUUUGAGUAUGAGGGACUCGUCAGUUUCAUAAAGACUGGAGAUGAGCAGAAAAAUGAAAACACUGUUGAGUUCAAGCAGUUUGAGAAGUCAAAGGGUCAGAGGCUGAAAAUAGGAUGCGUCUCUCAUGACAGGCCCAGAGACACAGAGCAGGAAAGAAGAGGAGUAAAGAGGACACACGAAGUUAUGACAGCUGCCAGGACUGAUUUAAAUGAGGAGCGGCCGCCUCCAGUUCUGACUCCUCAUUGGUGUCAUCAGCUUAAGCAAGAGCCCAGAGAUGAACAGAAGAAAGAAAACGGUAAUGAGGAGUUAAUGCAGUCUGAAGAGCCGAAGGGUCAAAAGGUGAAAGCAGAAUGCGCGUCUUCUGUUGAUAUCAACAGUCUCAGAUACACAGACACACAGCAGAAUGGGCUCGCGUUACCACCUCUUCCUCCUACACCCUUCCCCUCCGUCCUUAACAUGGAAGCCGCCUCAUACAGCAUCCCUCAGAGCCUUGAAGUAAAUCUGGCCCUCAUCAGAAAACCCACCAGUCUGUCUGUCCUCUGGAAAGUGGCGGAGGAGGACCCUUCUGCACCACCCAUGGACAGCUACACCAUCUUCCUCACUAUGGAAAAGGUUAAGGGUAGUGGUGUCUUCCCAGACUGGAAUAUCCUCGGUGAGGUGAAGGCCUUGAAUUUGCCCAUGUGCGUGCUGGUCAGGAAGUACAAGCCCGGGCACAAAGUAUGUGCGGCUGUGGUGGGCAAAGACGUAUUUGGUCGGUAUGGACCUUACAGUAAAGUCGCUACCGCAGUCAUACCCGAGUAGUCGGGAAGAAGAUGUGGAUCCACCUACUUGAAUUUCCAGUUACUUGCUCUCAAGGUUGUGCUUACACAGCAGCAUUUUUUAAGUACAUGGACAGUGUUGCUCCUGUUGAUACUGUUUUUGGGGGACAGUGUUUUGUGUACAUAGUUUUUAAUGUUUUAAGUAAAAGAAACGAUGAUAUUGCUCACACAUGAAUAAAGGACCUGCACUUUGUUAGUUGUGCUUUUGAGAAUUUCAGUUCAGAUGGAAUCAGUAUAAACAAUAAAGUUCAGGACUCUUCUUCCUCUGCUUGUUUGUAGAGGAUCACGGACCGGAUGUAAUAACAGUCUUAAGGUCAACAUUAUUGGUUAGUCCGUUACUUCAGUGUGUUACAGUUCUAACAGUAUACAACAGAAUGCUGCACUAUUCAGUUUAAUAAAACUUACAUUUUAAA